AUGGCGUUGCACAACGGUGCUCAAUUAACACAUGAUUUCGCCAAUGUUAAGAACAUCACAGAUAGUACGGGAAAUCUUUCGAUACCAUCAAGAACGCCUCGCAGCAUUGAUGAGCGGCUUGGAGAGUUUUUCACGGACGGCCGCGCAAGUGCUUUCACAGACGCAGACCUCGCACAGGUCUCAUUCCUGUUACAGAACAGCAACCAUGCUUCCUAUAGUCGAACACCCCGCCUAUAUACUGUCCUCCGUAUUAUCGACCGCCUUGAGCUGCUCGACAAAUUUUUAGCGAGCAAUAUCACGGACGUCUCCUUCCCUUUCGACGCGAAAUCCUUUCCCUCUUCUAUUAGCAGUAAAAUACAGACUGAAUUUUUGCAGCAUCAGUCUACCGUGCUUACCAACACACUUCAUUUAGAAAAGGGUGAAAGAGGAGGACAUUUGUAUUUUGAGAAAGGGAAAUCGGCGCCGUACGAGGUCAAGGGAAGGCUUGGAUCUGGUUCGUACGGUGUAGUGGAGAAGGUUGUAAGCCUUCUCAGUCACGAAGAGUUUGCUCGAAAAUUAGUUCUACGAACUAAGUAUGGAAGAAAAAAUGAGACAGGGAUCAAGACCUUCCUUGCUGAACUUCAGGUUCUUAAACGGAUUUCUCAUAGCCACUGUGUGAAACUGAUUGGUAGCUACACAGAUCUCAAAUAUGUUGCUCUCAUAAUGAGUCCCGUGGCCGACUGUAACCUGGCAUCCUAUAUGGAAGAGUCUAUCAACUCCGUCGAUAAGCAAUCAUUGCUACGCACCUUCUUUGGAUGUCUCUGUAACAGCCUUCAAUACCUCUACCAAUCCAAAAUCUGCCACUGUGAUGUGAAAACAGAAAACAUUUUGGUGAAAGGCGAGAAUGUCUUGUUGACAGAUUUUGGGAUCUCUCUUGACUGGGAAGAUAUGAGCAGAAGUACUACAAGUACCGAUUUCGGACAUUCUCCAGUAUAUUGCGCUCCAGAAGUUGCAAAUUUCGAACCUCGAAAUUCGUCAUCUGAUAUCUGGUCACUUGGUUGUGUCUUCCUAGAGAUGACUACAACACUAAAAGGUGAAACAGUCAGUCAGAUGCACCAGAAUUUCAAGGCUUACUCGGAGAACUAUCGAUUCUACGCCAACUUAAAACCAGUAGAUCUUUGGAUCGAAGAUCUCUAUACUCUUAAAUCCUACCCAGAUAAUGAGCCUCUAAAAUGGAUCAAGUCAAUGCUAAAUAUCAAUCCACAAGAUCGCCCGACAGCUCAGACAAUAUUCAGCAUUAUUACACAGCAGCAAGCGGGGUCUGAUACUUUGUUUAGUCCUGUGAUGUUUUGCGGUUUAUGCUGUCUUGAAGGUGAUGACACGUCCUUUGGUUCGGAGUCGGAUAGAGAGCGGUGGAUCGAGGAACCAGAGGAGCAGCGAACACUGCACCAAUAUCUCUCAGUCAACCUGGAUCCUGCCCUAGCUCAGGCCGAUCAAUAUUCUGCCGCAUUGGAAAGGAACACCCAUGGAAAGCAAGAUCCUAGCUAG